AUGCAGUCCUUUCCUUUUCCACCAAACAUCGUUUCCUUCUUCUUUAUCAUUCUUACUCUUUCUUUUCAAAUCAUUACCUGUAAUCUUCAUCGUUAUCAUCCUCGCCCCGUUUCCUACUGUUUUGGUCUGCUCGAGGCAGAAUUCUUUCUAACGCCCUAUCACUCUUGCCUCUCGCCCUCUCGAUAUAUAUAUCUACCGCCGACCAUCUCGUCCCAGGCUGAAACUUGGCUCGGCGGUUUCUUUAUAAAUAUAAACGAUCUGAUAUCUAAUUACAUACAUCUAUCUAUCUAUCUAUCUAUCUAUCUAUCUAUCUAUCUAUCUAUCUAUCUGUCUCUCUGUCUGUUUUUCUAUCUAUCUAUCUAUCUAUUACAAUCAAUUCAUAUCUAUCUAUCUAUCUAUCUAUCUAUCUAUAUAUAUAUAUAUAUAUAUAUAUAUAUAUUCAUACCGUUUAUAUCUAUCUAUCUAUCUAUCUAUCUAUCUAUCUAUCUAUCUAUCUAUCUAUAUACGGUUCCAACCAAUGACUCGGCCUGGUCAAUCGACUGCUCGCCUCGCACAAAGUUCCGGGCCACUAUUUCUUCCUUUGCUACGUGCAUGUCUGCCCAUUUGCUCCGGUCACUCCUCCUGCCAGUGUGA